CUCUCUUUCUGCAUUUGUUUUCUUUCCUUUGGCUGUGUGUAUAUAACUACUUCAGGGCUCUUUCCUGAUGUGCAAGCCCACCAUCUCUUCACCCUUAUGAUGGAGGAGUCAAUCCAUUCUUCUUUGAACAGGUCUCUCAGCUCCAAGGAAGGGGCACCCUCUUCUGAGGAAAGUGGUUGGACCAUGUAUUUUGAGGACUUCCUGGCAUCAGAGAAGAGGGAAGAAGAUGGUUGCUCUUUUAGCAUGGGGGGAGGGUCUUCCAUCAUAUCUGAUGCUGCUUCAUGUGCUGCAUGGAAGCCUUUGGCCGGCACCGAGGCCACGAAGAGCUGCAAGAAGCUCAGAUUUAAGAAGAGGAAGGCCGGUGGUACCUUGGAUGAUGAUCCUUUGGAAGAUACUGCCAGCUCUCCGGUUAAUAGUCCCAAGGUUAGUUAUUUGAAUCACUCGGAUGUGCAACCAAGGGAAAAAGCUGAUGAUCAUAAUAAGGGGAUUCCUCAGGAAGAAGCUGUUGGUUGUGGGAAUGGCUUGGAGAUCAAAAGUAAUAUUGUAAAUGAUUUGGGUUUUGUUGAGGGGACCAAUGAAUGUACAGAGCUGAAGAAAAGAGGGCUUUGCCUCGUUCCUUUGUCCAUGUUAGUAAACUAUCUUGGAUAGAUCUUCCAAUCAAAUAUAUCCUUCUUAAAAAAAAAAUCCAGCAAAUAUAUGGAAACUCUCUCUCUCUCUCUCUCUCUCUCUCGCUCGCUCGCUCUCUUGGUUUGCUCAUAUAUCUUUAUCUUUGUAGUCUAAUCUAUAUUGUCACAUAUCAAUGGCUGCAGCCAGUGGCAUGAUAUUGAACCCUCAACUUGAGAAUCCCCUAUUUAAUAAGCAAAAGGUGCAAAAGGGAGCCACAUGCUGGGAAGCAGUUAAGAAAAGAAACCAAAUGCCUAAAUGAAAAGGCCUGAAAGCUUAGUUUCUAUAGAAAUGACAAUGAGCAUCAUGUUGUCUCUUCAUGCUCCUCUUACAUUGUUUAUCACUGUAAUUCCGAUCCUUCUCCUACAUUUUUAUCUUUGUAAUCCUAGUGGACUGUAGCAGUAGUAUCUCUUUUGAUGUAAAUGUUGCACUAAAUGUUAUGCGUUCCUUGAGAGCCUGAUA